CAACAUUGUUAACUUAACACCCAAUUAGUACAUUGUAAUACACUUCACUGACUUGUUUUGUUUCUUCUUGUCUUUCAGAAAAUGUCUUUUGCUCCCCUUUUCCGGUUCGAACCCUCUUCCUCCGAGCUCACCCUUCGCCCCUCUGAUGCCGCUGACGCAGUGGCAAGCAAACGCCAGGCCUCUACCACUGGGUCUCAGGUGAAGAGGAGUGAUGUGGUUCGAGCCGAGGCGAGGGCCAGAGCCCUGCAGAAGGGUGGCAUGUCAGGCGAGUUUGUGGCCUGUACCGUGGCCAAACUUUCCAGUGGCUGCUGGGAAAUGCGGUGGGGUACGCCGUCACCAUCUUGGCGUCCCACACCAGAUGGAGAGAGAGGGAGGGGACACCAGCAAGUCGCCCCUCAUGGAGAACAAGGACGCCCUCGCCUCCUACGCCGGGAUGUUCCCACCCAUGGUGACGGCCGUCGCCAGGCGUAGGUUGUGCAAGGGCUCCGCGUUUUCCAGGGGGCUGGACGACGCGCUGGUGGGGUUCGGGGUGCAUUCGCACCGGACCUACAAGUCCCUGUAUGGCGCGCGGGACCAAGAGAGUCGAACCGAGGCCCGGGCUCGCGCCACUGUGCCCGGGCGGGGGGGCGAGGCGCUUGUUGGCUUCGGGCAGUUCAAGGAGGACAUCCUGAAGGACCUGUAUGACUCCAAGGAGAAGGAGCGUCAGAAGGAGCUGCAGGCCCAGAUCAGGAAACUGAUUAACCCACCAGCACGGCCUGCAGCUCCAGCGGUGUCUUCCCUCAGAGACCAGCGCCCCUCGGUUCCGCCGCCCCCCACCACAGAGGUGACGGACGAGGAGCUGGUCCGGAUGGUCACUGACGUAGAAAUGGGAGACGCCAUGCGGGGAGGUCACCCUGGCACCGGAGCCGAAGAAGAAGAGGAGGAAGACGACGACGACGGGCGACAUGGAGCAGCCGGCAACGCCCACUCCUGCUCUGGCUGA